AACAGUCCGAGCAGCUUUCAGAAUGACAGUCUGCAGAAGUGAGCUGAGCGUGUGCGCGGUACGGGGCUCUCCUGCCUUCUGGGCUCCAACGCAGCUCUGUGGCUGAACUGGGUGCUCACCACGGGAACUGCUGGGCUAUGGAAUACAGAUGUGGCAGCUCAGGUAGCCCCACAUUGCCUGGAGGAAUACAUCAUGUUUUUCGAUAAGAAGAAAUUGUAGGAGCCAGUUUUUUUUUUUUUUAACCGCCCCCUCCCCACCCCCCAAAAAACUGUAAAGAUGCAAAAACGUAAUAUCCAUGAAGAUCCUAUUACCUAGGAAGAUUUUGAUGUUUUGCUGCGAAUGCGGUGUUGGGAUUUAUUUGUUCUUGGAGUGUUCUGCGUGGCUGGCAAAGAAUAAUGUUCCAAAAUCGGUCCAUCUCCCAAGGGGUCCAAUUUUUCUUCCUGGGUGUCAGCGAGCCCUGACUCACUACAGUGCAGCUGACAGGGGCUGUCAUGCAACUGGCCCCUAAGCCAAAGCAAAAGACCUAAGGACGACCUUUGAACAAUACAAAGGAUGGGUUUCAAUGUAAUUAGGCUACUGAGCGGAUCAGCUGUAGCACUGGUUAUAGCCCCCACUGUCUUACUGACAAUGCUUUCUUCUGCCGAACGAGGAUGCCCUAAGGGCUGUAGGUGUGAAGGCAAAAUGGUAUAUUGUGAAUCUCAGAAAUUACAGGAGAUACCCUCAAGUAUAUCUGCUGGUUGCUUAGGUUUGUCCCUUCGCUAUAACAGCCUUCAAAAACUUAAGUAUAAUCAAUUUAAAGGGCUCAACCAGCUCACCUGGCUAUACCUUGACCAUAACCAUAUCAGCAAUAUUGACGAAAAUGCUUUUAAUGGAAUACGCAGACUCAAAGAGCUGAUUCUUAGUUCCAAUAGAAUCUCCUAUUUUCUUAACAAUACCUUCAGACCUGUGACAAAUUUACGGAACUUGGAUCUGUCCUAUAAUCAGCUGCAUUCUCUGGGAUCUGAACAGUUUCGGGGCUUGCGGAAGCUGCUGAGUUUACAUUUACGGUCUAACUCCCUGAGAACCAUCCCUGUGCGAAUAUUCCAAGACUGCCGCAACCUGGAACUUUUGGACCUGGGAUAUAACCGGAUCCGAAGUUUAGCCAGGAAUGUCUUUGCUGGCAUGAUCAGACUCAAAGAACUUCACCUGGAGCACAAUCAGUUUUCCAAGCUCAACCUGGCCCUUUUUCCAAGGUUGGUCAGCCUUCAGAACCUUUACUUGCAGUGGAAUAAAAUCAGUGUCAUAGGACAGACCAUGUCCUGGACCUGGAGCUCCUUACAAAGGCUUGAUUUAUCAGGCAAUGAGAUCGAAGCUUUCAGUGGACCCAGUGUUUUCCAGUGUGUCCCGAAUCUGCAGCGCCUCAACCUGGAUUCCAACAAGCUCACAUUUAUUGGUCAAGAGAUUUUGGAUUCUUGGAUAUCCCUCAAUGACAUCAGUCUUGCUGGGAAUAUAUGGGAAUGCAGCAGAAAUAUUUGCUCCCUUGUAAACUGGCUGAAAAGUUUUAAAGGUCUAAGGGAGAAUACAAUUAUCUGUGCCAGUCCCAAAGAGCUGCAAGGAGUAAAUGUGAUCGAUGCAGUGAAGAACUACAGCAUCUGUGGCAAAAGUACUACAGAGAGGUUUGAUCUGGCCAGGGCUCUCCCAAAGCCGACGUUUAAGCCCAAGCUCCCCAGGCCGAAGCAUGAGAGCAAACCCCCUUUGCCCCCGACGGUGGGAGCCACAGAGCCCGGCCCAGAGACCGAUGCUGACGCCGAGCACAUCUCUUUCCAUAAAAUCAUCGCAGGGAGCGUGGCGCUUUUCCUGUCCGUGCUCGUCAUCCUGCUGGUUAUCUACGUGUCAUGGAAGCGGUACCCUGCGAGCAUGAAGCAGCUGCAGCAGCGCUCCCUCAUGCGAAGGCACAGGAAAAAGAAAAGACAGUCCCUAAAGCAAAUGAAUCCCAGCACCCAGGAAUUUUAUGUAGAUUAUAAACCCUCCAACACGGAGACCAGCGAGAUGCUGCUGAAUGGGACGGGACCCUGCACCUAUAACAAAUCGGGAUCCAGGGAGUGUGAGAUACCUUUAUCAAUGAAUGUGUCAACCUUUCUGGCAUACGACCAGCCCACAAUAAGUUACUGUGGGGUGCAUCAUGAACUUCUCUCCCAUAAGUCCUUUGAAACGAAUGCACAGGAAGAUACGAUGGAAACACAACUAGAGACUGAGCUGGACCUGAGCACAAUCACAACAGCUGGCCGAAUCAGUGACCAUAAACAGCAGCUAGCUUAACUGAGAUCACUGGUAGCCAGGGGUUGCUACCAAACUUUGUAACCUCAAGGACAAAAUGAGGAAGAUGUGUUCAUUGUGGACUCUAAAAACAAAACAAAACACAAAAAUCCCCUGUUCAAAUAAACAAAAAAUCCAAGAUUGAUUCAUGAAAUAAAGAAGACAUGAAUUGUUUUAAGUCUACACUUUGUAAUUAGCUAAGUUGUGCAGUAUUUUUUGACUUAAACAGAGUAUGACCCUGAAAAAUAAAAGAAUCUUUUUUUUUCAAAACUCAUCCUACCUACCUGUAAAAACUGUACAAAGCUAAUGUAUUUUUCAUAUUGUAAAGUUUCAAUUGUAGAAACAACUGGUAUGUACAGUACCAUAAUUUAAUUACAUUUUACUUUAAAAACUUUACACAUUUCAGUUUCUAAAAUUUUAAAUUAACAAAAAUUAUUUCUUGUGUUAUUCAGAGUUACUCAGUUUUGUAAGGACUGUUUUGUUACUGCUUUUUGUGCCCAGAAACCUUGACUCUAAAAUUCUGUGCUGUGCGAAACAUGCACGAUUUUUAUUAUGCUUACUGCGUAGAAUUUUAUCUACUUGUUCCAGAAAUAAUACAUUAACCAAAAAGGAUUUAAUUGUUCAGACUUGUAAGAGGUUCUUCAAUUACAUAGGCAGGUUUUUCUUAAAAAUGAAAAAAAAUCAAAGAUUUUUUUAACAGUUCUCAGACUUAACUGUUGCCUUGAAUUACAGCCUAGUUUCUAAGCAGUGAAAUGUAAUGAUAAAGAGGGAUAUUUUAACAUAUUUCCGAAUGAAUGACUCAUUAUUUCAUUCUUUUGAGUAACCAUUGUUAAGGGUUGGGGGAAAGCAUGGACAAAACAUCACUGGAAACAAAGGCUGUAACCACAGCAACAGACUUUAUGAUACAGUUAAAAGGUGCAGCUGCCAGUGACAAAUAAAAACUUUUGUUACAUCUCAUUAUUUUCAGGCCAAGGUGGCAGUAUAGUGCAUAAUAAUUGUACAGUAGCAAUUUUUAUCCUAAUUAACCCAUAGCGGUUUACCUAAAAGUAACCAUCAGUCAGUGCAAAAUGUGCCUGGUUCUUAAGACAACUUUUUUAUUUAGAACUGUGAGACCAGUAUUUUGGAAACAUUUCAAAGGAAACAUAUGAAUUUUUUUUGCAUUGUGCACUACAUCAUUUCUCUCCUGAGGAAGAAUUUUAAACAUGUACAGCUCAUUCAAUAUAGAUAUGAGCCAUGGUGGAGAACUUUAUCACUCAAGUAGACUGUAAACAUCCUUAAUAUGUUCUAAAUUGUUUAUAUUGCUAUCCAUAAUGGGAUUCACCUCCAAAUUAUCAAAGAAAUAACUCAGAAAUUUGACACCAGCCCAGAUCAUAUACUGAUUAUACAAUUGUGUUAUAAAGUUAAUUCAAAUCAAAUUAAGAAAACCUGAGUCUUCAGAAGCUGAAAUAAUCAAUUUGUUUGUGCUGUUUGCUUGACAUAGGUUAUUGUUUGAAAAUAUUGUUACUUUAUCAAUAGUAAUCAUGCAUUCUUGUGUUUUUUUUUAAUGGAAAACUGCAAGUUUCAAUUACUAUUGCACUAGAAGCGCUUUUUAUGUUGUCAUUUUAUAUUCAUGCCGUCAAAAGUAGAUUGACAAUACAUCAGUCUAACAUGGGUCAAUCAAAACAGUGAAGAAAAGAAUAAUUGAAAACAAUGUCAAACUUUUAAAUUUUUAUCUCUUCCAAAGAAAUUAUAUCUAUAAAAUCUAGUUUUAUGCAGGUUUGUCACAGCAAAUUUAAAAGCAGCUUCAAGAAGAAUGAACUUAAAAACUGUGGAGCAAAUUUUUGUUGAAAAUAUAUAAAGUCAGAAAGAAAAAAGAUGUAAAUGUUGGAAGAAGCAAAUUCUAUUACUAAUUCAAAUGAAACUAAAUGUCAAACACAGUACUUGUGUCAACUAUUUAGCAUCCCAGAUUUGGUAACAUAUUUUGCAUAAAUUAUUUGCUAUUCAAAAAUUUUUGUCAUUUUAAGUCUAAUUUUAAUCUUUAUGUUUUCCAUUUUCUAAUUUCCUUGCAAUGUAUUAUUCUUAUUCUUAAUUCUCUACAUUGAAAUUUGGCUUUACGUCGUUAGCAAAUUUAUAAAGGGUUGUAAAGUUAUGAUUCAUGAGUCUAAAAUCAAUGCAAAAUUUUAUUUAUUAGGUAAACCAAAAUGUCAUUUGCAAGUUUUCUCAUUAGAAGUUGUCCUUGCAAAGAUAGAAAAGGAAGUAUUAAUUUGUGUAAACAAGCACAAAUUAACAUAUUUGUUAAUAAAUAGGUUUAUCUGCUAAUAAACCUAUUUCUAGACACAUUCAAAUUGAUAAUGAUUUUUAGAAAUGUUAAGGUUCCAAGGAGUCUUACAAGUGUAUGCCCUUGAUUUCCUGAAGGAAACCACUUUCUUUCUUAAAUAUUUUCAAUUCAUCUAAAGUGAACAACUAUAAAUAGAAGCAAUCACCUUGGAACCACAGCUCUGUGCAACCAAGGCCCUAAGCUACACCAAAUAAGCCAGGAAUUUUGAGACUUCUCAUCUUUAAAUUCAACCAAAAGGGUCUUUAACAAGAAAAAAAAUGCUGGAUGAUGAUUAUUAUUAUUUUUGCUUAAUUUUUAUUCUGCCAUGUCCAGGUUAAGGGUGAGGGUGGUGACAAUCUGAAAGACUGUAUCUGGAAUCUUUAUCACAUAUUUCCAAUUUAUUUCAGUUUUUGUCUAAAACUUGCAUUUCUAAUCCAUCUUUUCCAGCAUUCGAUAAUCUCCCAUUUCCUCCUUCUAACCCCCAUUCCUAUGUCUCUCUUCCUGUCUAUUCCUCACCGAUUUAAACAACUGAAAUGUUUACUUAUGUUUGGAGUUGAAAAAUGGAGAGUUUGACCCAACAUGGUUACAAUAACAGCCAGCAGCUGCAGCAAACCAUAAAGUUAUGCAGUGUUUUGAAGUUCACAAACCACAUUUUACAUGAAUUAUCUCAUUUUGUCUUCAUAACAACCCUAUGAAGACACGUUAAUCUCAAAGAAGUUGAGCCCUCACCCCAAAACACAGGGCCAAUAAUUGGUGCAGUUGAAUUAUUCUCAAAAUUUACAGGCUGUUAGUCUUUCCACUGUACUAAAAGAUUUCUUUCUCUGAUCAGAGCCAGAGAACUUCCAGAGAUGAUGGAUAGAAUGAAAGAAUAUAUAUAUAUGUAUAUUUGACAUGUUGUUUAGUAAUCCCUAUUUUAAUUCCAUUCUCCAUCUGUAAAAUAUUAGCUAACUGAAUUAUUUCUGUGUUCUACUCUGGGCUCUCACAUUAAAA